AUGGUUCUCAAUAAUGAAGACAAGAUUGCUAUUAAAUCAAUGAAUUUCACGAACUAUAAACAACCAGAAAAGGAAAAUAUGUCCAAGAAGAGCUUUUGUUGGCAAUGUUGGAAUGUAAUACAACCCAUUUAUUUAUUUGCCUUCAGGAGUAAUAUAGAAAGUGACGAAUGGUUCCAUGUGUCGCCACCAAGGCGCGUGACUUCGUGCGGCUAUCAGACAGCGCUCACGGUGCUGCUUCGCACUGACCCUGAUGACUACUAUAGCGCAUCAGUCGCGUCGCAGGGCUCAAUGGUGUUUAUAGACAAUGCGUACAACGUGCCUGAUCUGGACUCUCCCGUGCGAAUGGUCAACCCUUCCACGGAGGUGCUGAUAGCGUUGUCCCCGGAGCGUACGUAUACCACACCAGGAGUCAAGGCAUUCACUCCUGACCAGCGACAAUGCUACUAUAACGAUGAGAUAAAAAUUGCCGAUUUUCGUCAAUAUUCGUUCCAUAACUGCAUGGCCUAUCAGAAAAUUGUUGCAAUAAAGAACAUCUGUGACUGUGUACCAUUCUUUUUUGCUGUUAAAGAGUAUCAUCGCACGUGCAACUUCAACGAUAUGGAUUGUUUGGAAUUCGUCUUGACACCGGACCCGCAAAAGGAAGACGACAAAAUAUAUUUCGAUUCGUUUCAGUGUUUACCUGAGUGUGAACAUUACGAAUAUCCUUUAGAGGUGGCCCUUGGGAAGCUCGCAAACAAUAUAAAAAGCAGUGAACUACCAUUUUUUAAAGACGUCAAUUUAGAGAACCGUUCUCUAUUGAAUGUUUUCUUCAACGACUUAGUAUCCACCAGAUACAGACGUGAUGUUUAUUUGAAUUGGCAAAAUAUUUUAGCGGCUUUCGGCGGUCUGCUCAGCUUGAUGCUCGGCUUCACUUUGAUAUCUGGUUUCGAUCUGAUACUAUUCCUCGUACUUCGUGUGUUAUUUGUCACUACCAAAACGCACAUGAACAACAAAGUAAAGUCUCGUGGGCCCCAAAAGAAAGAAGCUUGGGUGGAUGUGUCUAUGAACCAUAACUAUACUGACAGUAUGAAGAAAUGGAAGAAGCAGACAUAUUAUUCGCAGUAUCGUUAUUGAAAUAUUGAUUAUUGAAAGUUUAUGUUACAAAUUAUGUCCGUUAUUAUUUACUUUAACCUUAAAAUAAGAGUACAUCUUUCAUUACCUAUAUGUGCUACACUUACAUUUAAUUAAAUAUCAAAAGAAAAAACCUUAGUGAGAUAUUUUAUUAUGCCAUUUAAAUUCUUGUAUAUUUUCCUGUUUCUUGUAAGAUAAAUCUGACAGCAAACAUAAUAAAACAUUUGUCAAAAAACUUUAGUCUUAUUCAUAAAUUUUUGAAAAAGCAAA